AUGUCCGCUUGCGAUCUUCCGCAAGACCUCAUCUUCGAAAUCCUCUCAAGACUCCCAGUCAAAUCUCUCGUCCACCUCAAGUCCGUAUCCAAGCCGUGGCUCGCCCUGAUUAAGAACCCUAACUUCAUCUCUCUCCACCUCAAUCGCACCGCCAUGAACCCAAAUAACGACGCUGUAAUCAUCUACAGUCUCUCUCUAAGUCAACACCAUAUCAUGUCUCUCUUGUAUGUCAAUUCCAUUGACAACAAACCCAUCAAUCUCGACCACCCUUUGCCCCAAAUCUUCCCCCGGAUGGACUUGGUGGGUUCGUAUAACGGCAUAGUAUGUCUCAGUUGCCCACCUAACGGUCGAUUGAUCACCCUAUUGAACCCUGCAACGAGACAGUACAAGGUGAUCCAACUGUCGAGCACAAGUUACAAUUUAGAUGAUGUUUAUAGUGUUUCUGUUGGCUUCGGAUUCGACCCAGUUGCCAAUGAUUACAAAAUCGUAGUAAUUUUGCAUAUGAAUCUGGAACUGCCAAGAGAGAAAAUACGAGUGAAAGUUGAAGUGUACUCGGCGAAGAACGAUUCCUGGAAAAUGAUUGAAGUUGAAACUCCGUUUUUCGUCAGCCGGACUAGGUGCAAUGCGAUUUUGAAGGGAAGUCCCUAUUGGACCGGCUUUAUUAGAGAUGAGGAGGAAGUAUCUGGAAUUCGUGAGGUUUUUGUACUUUUCGACCCACAGAAUGAGGUCUUUGGGCUAUGUCCAGUGCCGGAAUAUCCAGAACAGGUCAGUUAA